AUCUCGGAACUCCCCUCCCCACACCACCACAUAGAACAGGGGGGGAGGGGGGGGGUUUCUUCAGGGGGUCUCAGCCAUGGCUUUCUUUCCCGGUGGGAGACCCCCGGGGGGUCGCGCUGCCGCCGUGCUGCGAUGUUACGACCUGUUACGGAACGAGAUCCAGGCUCUGCUGGCCGAGAACGAGGAGCUGCUCCGGACCGUGGCCGCCAUCCGGCACCACCGGCACUACCCGCCGCUCGCAUCCACCCCACGCGAGCUGCCCAGCCCGGCUGCCGUGGGCAGCGUGACGUGGGACGGGGAAAGGUCCCCUGCAGGACAAUGGGUGGCGCUGCGACCCCACAACAACGACAUCGCGGCCCUACACAACCAGUCCGCCCCCCCGGCUCUCCCUGCCCCGGCCCCUCCUGCCGCCCACCGUGGCCACGCUCCGUUUCCCCCCAAUUGGUUCCACGGCCCUGAGACCCCCCCGGUGUCACCCAUCGCCCGCAUGGCCGAACUGGUACCGCCCGAAGAGCAGCUGCAGCCGCUGGAUCUGAGGCUGCCCGAAGUCCGGCGCCGGGAUCCGAACUGGCACCCAAGCCUCGAUCGGAGCCGGAACUCCAACGUAGAUCCAAGCCGGAGCUCCAACGCAGAUCCGAGCCGGAGCUCCAACACAGAUCCGAGACGGAGCUCCAACACAGAUCCGAGCCGGAGCUCCACUGUGGAUCCGAGUGGGAGCUCCAGCAGCAAUCAGGGUCGGAGCUCUACCACGGAUCCAAGCCGGAGUUCUAACACGGUUCCGAACAGGAGCUCCACUGUAGAUCCCAGCUGGAUUUCCAGUGGAUACCCGAGCUGGAGCUCCAGCACCGAUCCGAACCAGAGCUCCAGCAUAGAUCCGAGUCGGAGCACCACCAUAGAUACAAGCCAGAGCUCCAGUGGAUAUCCAAGCUGGAGCUCCAGCACCGAUCCAAAUCAAAGCUCCAGCAUAGAUCCGAGCCGGAGCACCACCAUAGAUACAAGCCAGAGCUCCAGUGGAUACCCAAGCUGGAGCUCCAGCACCGAUCCAAACCGAAGCUCCUCCAUAGAUCCAAGCCGGAGCACCACCAUAGAUACAAGCCAGAGCUCUAGUGGAUAUCCCAGCUGGAGCUCCAGCACUGAUCCGAACCAAAGCUCCUCAAUAGAUCCGAGCCGGAGCACCACCAUAGAUACAAGCCAGAGUUCCAGCGGAUAUCCCAGCUGGACCUCCAGCACUGAUCCGAACCAGAGCUCCAGCAUAGAUCCGAGCCGGAGCACCACCAUAGAUACAAGCCAGAGCUCCAGUGGAUACCCGAGCUGGAGCUCCAGCACUGAUCCGAACCGAAGCUCCACAAUAGAUUCGAGCCGGAGCACCACCAUAGAUACAAGCCAGAGUUCCAGCGGAUAUCCCAGCUGGAGCUCCAGCACUGAUCCGAACCGGAGCUCCUCCAGAGAUCCAAGCCAGAGCUCUACCACCGAUCCGAACCGGAGCUCCACCAUAGAUUCAAGCCUGAGCUCGACCCUCGAUUCGAGCCGGGACCGAGAAACCAGCUCGGACGCAUCAAUGGCUGCCGGGCAGCGUGAGCGGCGUCAGUGGAGCGGCUGGUGGGGGAGGUGGCGUUUCCAGCUUGACCAGCGCAUCCUCGGCCACGUUCUUCCCCGACAGGACGCGGCUCUACGGCUUCACCGUCGAGCAACAUCCCACGAAGAUCCUCGGUGGGUGUGCAACGGGUAUGCAGUGCAGUGGGUGUGCAAUGGGCGUGCAAAGUGCAUGCAGGGCACCUAG